AUGGCAACUCGCACUCUUGAAUCACGCUUCGAGCUCAUGUCCGUGAAUGACGAGAAUGAUCCCGGUGAUGGAACCAAGUAUCAAAAACCAAAGAAGGUCCCCACUACUGCAUCGAGUUCCCAGUUAUCUCAACACUCAAGUCGUUCCAAUCUUCUCAAGAUCGCAUUACAAAAUCAAAACACAACAAGCACGAUAGUCACGGUUCCCUCUCAAGCAGCACAAUGGCGAGGGUCGCACAUUCCCAAUGGCUCCGGCUCACCUCCACGAAAGGCUGCUUCUGGCUCUUCUCGUGGCUCUGAUGAAAUCGUCAAAGUCGAACGCAAAUCAAAUCCAAUCUACGAGCAGCCGGCACCACCAAAACAAUUUCACCUCGGCAUGUUUGAAAUUGGUCGCCCUUUGGGGAAGGGAAAAUUUGGUCGCGUAUAUCUGGCCAGAGAACGAAGCUCUGGAUUUGUUUGUGCCUUGAAGGUCCUACAUAAGAACGAGUUGCAGCAAGGCAAGGUCGAGAAGCAAGUUCGAAGAGAAAUUGAGAUCCAAAGCAAUCUACGACACCCGAACAUACUUCAACUAUAUGGCUUUUUCCAUGACAGCAAGAGGGUCUUCUUGAUACUGGAAUUUGCAGGCAAAGGAGAACUGUACAAGCAUCUUCGUCGCGAGAACCGAUUUCCUGAAUGGAAAGCAGCUCAAUAUAUCGCCCAGAUGACUGCCGCCUUGAAGUAUCUGCACAAAAAGCAUGUCAUGCACCGCGAUAUUAAACCGGAAAAUAUUCUUGUUGGGAUACACGGCGAAAUCAAGAUUUCGGAUUUCGGUUGGAGUGUACAUGCACCAAACAACAGAAGAAACACGAUGUGUGGAACACUGGAUUACCUACCUCCGGAGAUGAUCAAGCCAGGAAGCCAGGAUAACUACUAUAGCGAGAAGGUUGACUUGUGGAGUUUGGGCGUAUUGAUGUACGAGUUUUUGGUUGGCGAAGCACCGUUCGAGGAUACUCCUGUCAUGACCCAACGGAGGAUUGCAAGGGGGGAGAUGACAAUACCCGGCUUCGUUAGUCCAGAAGCAAGAGAUCUGAUCAAGAGGCUUCUGGUCCUGGAUCCAGAGAAGAGAAUUCCUCUCGAACAGGUCCAAAAACAUCCUUGGAUAGUCAAACACUGUGUAAAGGGCGAGCGAGCCAGUUUACGGGAUUCGAAGUCAACUGGUAGCAAAUCCUCCGCAGAGCGUGAUGAGUGA